UUCAAGCUUCAGUGUACAACUGACAUUAGUGCGCAACACAUUCAAUUAUAUCUUUGAUUUUCUUCAAUAUUUCUGUUUUUUUUUCACCAUCAAAAGGAAAAUAGAAUCUAAUAAAAAAUAUAUUAGGAAUAAAUUUUUAAAUUCGUCCUAAAAAUGGGACGAUUUACAAAAAAAUAUUUGUGCAUAUUUUUUGUUCUCGUUGGUAUGAAUAUUUCUUCGGCACAAGAUGAAGCUUUAGAGACACACGAGUUGAAUUCAUCCCUUGGUAAAGUGAAAGGUUCUUUAAUGACAAGUAGAUUGGGUAAAAAAAUUUAUUCUUUUCGAGGUGUAAGAUAUGCUGAACCACCUGUUGGUCAACGACGAUUUCAGCCAGCUGAACCAGUGAAAGCAUGGACAGAAGUUUUUGAUGCCUCACAAGAGGGACCAGCAUGUCCUCAACCAGGAGAUACAACAAUUUCGGAGGACUGCCUUCGAUUAAAUGUUUAUACAAAUGAGUUGCCCGACAAGGAUAAAGAAGUGAAGAAACCAGUAAUUGUAUUCUUUCAUCCAGGUGGUUUCUAUGUUCGAUCUGGACAGAGUCAUUUGGAGGGUCCUGAAUAUUUAUUGGAUAAAGAAAUUGUUUUAGUUACUGUAAAUUAUCGUCUUGGUUCUUUAGGAUUCAUGAGCACUGGAGAUUCACUUCUUCCGGGAAAUCUUGGACUUAAAGAUCAAGUGGUGGCAUUGCGUUGGAUUAGGGACAAUAUCAAGGAAUAUGGCGGUGAUCCUGAUUCAGUGACAAUAACUGGUUACAGUGCCGGAAGUUGGAGUGUCUCAUUGCAUAUGGUGUCGCCAAUGUCUAAAGGAUUAUUUCACAGGGCAAUUGCAAUGAGUGGUUCGGCUAUUUAUCAAAAACCCCUUCCAAUGGAGCAGAAAAAUUUGGCAAUCAAGCAAGCUGAAAUUUUGGAUUGUCCCACUGACACCGUUGGUAAUAUGCUAAUUUGUAUGAAUACAAAAACAGCCGAAGAAUUCGCCAAUUCCCUCUCACAAUUUUUCGAGUGGCAUGGUGAUCCAAUUUUGGUAUGGACCCCAGUUAUAGAGCCGGAAGUGAAUGGAGUCGAAAGAUUCCUUCCGGACGAUCCAGUGAAAUUGAUAAAAGAAGGCAAUUUUUCACAAGUGCCCUUCAUUGGCGGAUUCAAUAAAGAUGAAUUCGGUGGCGUUAGUUUGUUGCCCAUAGCUGAGGCUAAAAAGGGAAAUUUUUCACUUUUCGACGAAUGGAAUACAAAUUGGGACAGCAUUGCGCCCAUUAGUUUCUUAUACGAGAGAGACACAAAUAGAUCGAAGGAAAUUAGUAAGGAAUUGUACAAAUUUUACAAUCAUGACAAACCGAUUAGUGUCGAUAAUCUUCAAGGAAUUGCUGAUCUCUACUGCGAUGGCGUGAUUGCGUAUUCUGAACAUCGACUGAUCAACUUAUUAGCAUCAUCGUCAAAGAUGCCAAUUUAUUAUUAUCAUUUUACCUAUCAAGGAAGAUAUAGUCACGUAAUUGAUCCGGAAACACAAAAACCUUAUGGCGUCUCGCAUCACGACGAUUUGCUGUAUCUUUUUUACAUAAAGCAAUUUCCAUUCUUUAAAGAAAAUGAUCCAGAAUUAAUGACAGUCGAGCGAAUGACAGCAAUUUGGGAGAAUUUCGCCAAAACUGGCAAACCAAUUCCCGAAGGCAAUGACUUAUUUAAAAACGUAACUUGGAAUGAAUUCACUUCGGAAAAUAAAUGUUAUUUGGAAAUUAGUAAUGAGCUCACCAUGAAGGAUGGUGUCAUUAAUCCUGAAAGAAUGAAUUUCUGGGACAAACUUUUCCCCUUGUAACUUAAAAAAAAAAAUUCACCUACACUGAUAAUUACAUAUAAUUUAAAUGCAUCGCUUUCUGUAUAUAUUGUUUUAUAUUUUCGAUAUACUAUUAUUUGUUAUGUAAAAAAAUACUAUUUUAUAAUAAUAGAUAAAAGUAAAUCAAUUUUUCCACACUUAAUAAAUGAAUACUGUAAUAAAAAUAAAUUU